CGAGAGGAGCGAGCGGAUUUUGGAGCUCCAGCCUCGGCUUUUGAAAGCUCCGGCGAGGCGACGCGAUGGUGCCCGCCCGGGCGCCGAUGCUCCUAGAUGUUUGCUGCAGUAGAAUGGCGGCGAUCCUCAGCGAAGAUUUUAGCGCGCAGGCGCAGACGCUGGAUUUGCCUCUCGACUUGCUGUGCAAGAUUUUGCUGGAGCUGCCUCCCCUGCCGCUGCAUUAUUUGGAGCAAUGUGCCUCGGGACAGUACGAGGAAGGCUUCUCGCUGGCAUGGAAAAGUUUGGCUGAAUGCCAUCACAAUACUUUGCUCAAGCACGGUACCUGGAAGGAUGCUUACUGGGAAGCUCACGUCCAAGCCUGCCUCAAUGCUGUAACGACUAAGCUCGCUGCUCCAAAUUUCGAUGGCCAGAUAGGAGAUCUUCUUGUACCAGAGGCUUUGGUGUACAGGAUUGGUGCGAGGAAUGCUGCCUGCUGCGAGGACAGCGAUUUCACGUCCUUGAAAAACACGAUACCUCUACUUUCGAGAUAUGUGAAGUCCUUACGCUUACGGAGCGUUCUAUGUUCCAGCGAACUACUGAGUCUAUUUGAUUCAGCCGAACUAGCGAGCCUUUCGUUCUUGAACAUCAAAACAUCUACACAGUUCGGUCUUAUAAUUAACCUUCUAGCUCGUAACGUCAGAGCUCUUCGACGGCUUGAGUUUCAUUACUGCAAGUUUUUUGAACAAGAUUUCAACACUUUACUGGGCAUGCUAAAAUCAGCUGAUGUUUUGAGUGAUUUCGCCAUCACUUGCUCAAGCAUUCAGGUUCCGUGGGCGUCGUUGGAAAUGCAACAGUUUUUAAGAAGUUGCAGGUCUCUAGCAUGCGUGCAUCUCGUCAGCAAUAGAAUGCACACGCAAUUUACAAGCUCUAUCGUAGUCGAGCUGUUCUCCCUCUCUUCGCUUGAUACCCUUGAUUUUGCAGACAAUCUGCUAGAAAGCUGUUUUGAAUCUCCCACAGUCAACCAGUUUUUUAUCAACUGUGCGGUUAAGCAACUCCCAUUCACACCUGGACUUAAGGUUCUCAACCUGAAAUCUUGUUUCUUGAGUUCUGCGUGUGUUCAGAACCUUGUUCAUUACUUGAAAUGUCUACCACACCUGCACACUUUAAACUUGAGCGACAAUCCAGUGGCCGAUGAGGGUAUCAAGUCUGUUGCUUGCUGCUUACAGACAAGUCUCUCUGCACUUAUGGAACUGAACGUCGCUGGCUGUGAAUUAAGCUGGAACGGGCUAUCUUCACUUUUGGAUUCCUUGGUUUCAACCAAUCACAGGUUGCGUUCCUUGUCCGUUGCAGAUAACAGUUUUGGUAGGAGUGGCUCUGCGGUUCUUGCAAAAUAUCUUCAGAAAAGUGCCGUGAAAGAGCUUGAUAUUUCUGAGAUUGGACUUGGUUCCCUGGGCUGCUCUUCGGAGCUAGCAUCAGCUUUAAUUCAGAACCAGACACUGGAACAUCUGAACAUAAGCAAAAACAGGAUUGCUUUUCCUGGAGCAGAAUUAUUACAUGCAGUCAUCUCCAAAGGUCAGGGUGUACUUACAGACAUCAAUGCGAGCUUCAAUCUUCUCAACGUUGAGGCUAUGAAGCGUCUUGCUUCUGCGCUGCAGACGAAGGCAGCCCUUGGUGGGAGGAUGAAGCGACUCGACUUGCUAGGAAAUCCCGGAAUCCCGCCUCCAGGCGCCAACUUGUUUGGCUCGUUCUCUGAAGGACCUGACGCCAUUGUGCUUCUUUCGAGCUCCCAGUUUUAUGUUCCACUGCACGACGAUGAUCCUUGAA